AGGAGAGGGAAGGCUGGGUGGGGGCAGAACAGAAGGGAGAGGACAGCGGGGCAGCCACUCUCCCAACACCUGCACCUGGUCACUUGAUUCACACUCAGACACCCUCAAACUCCCUUUAAAGGAUCAAUGGACCACCACCUCGCUCACAUCACGGUGAUGGUUGCUGCCUUCCGGGCGUAAACUUUUGGAUAGUGUGGAAGAAGCGUUCAGGAAUCAGAUCUGUCUCUUUUUUUCUUCUUUAAAUGUUGCAUGGAAGAAAUGCAGUCGGUCACAGCGACUGAUUAGGCAGCGUUUUUUUUUUCUUCUGAGAGGGAAUUUGCAAACCUAUCGGAUUGUUUUAUGCCUGCGCAGCGCGGCUGAGAGAGAUUUUCCAAUCCAGCUCCGAGACGCAAAACGCGGGGAAUGCAGCGGUAACAUCCUGCAAGUUUUGAGGGAUUUGAGAGGCGUAUAGCGUCUAUCGACACACUCAGAAAUCAAAGAUUUAGAUCUCUGUGGGCUACCUGCAUGACUGUUACCAUGACAGCAUCUGGAGCCCAACUGCUCCUGUUAGCCCUGUGUGUUUACAGAGGCUCGGGCCUGCAGCAGUCUGCUCCACGGGUUCGCCUCUCCUUCAAAGAGCUGAUGGACACACGGGCAGCUCGACCCUUCAGUUUCUCCUUCAACACCAGCGACUACCGCAUCCUCCUGAUGGAUCAGGAUCAGGGUCGCCUUUACCUGGGCAGCCGGGAGUACCUGGUGGCUCUGGACAUGCACAAUGUGAACAAGGAGCCGCUCAUAAUCCAUUGGCCGGCGUCUGCUAAGAGAAAGGGAGAAUGUCAGAUGACGGGAAAGGGAAGACAGGGUGAAUGUGCCAACUUUGUGAGGUUGAUAGAGCCGUGGAACCGCACCCACCUCUACACCUGUGGUACGGGGGCGUACCAACCUAUCUGCACAUUCAUCAACAGAGGCUGGAGGGCAGAGGACUACCUGUUCAGGCUGGUCCCUGGGUAUGUGGAUUCAGGGAAGGGAAAAUGUUCCUAUGAUCCCACACAGGAGAACAUUGCAGUUCUAAUCAAUGGUAAUCUGUAUGCUGGGGUCCAUAUAGACUUCAUGAGUACAGAUGCUGCUUUGUUCAGGACCAUGGGAGGGAGAACGGCAAUCAGGACAGAGCAGUAUGACUCCAGGUGGCUCAACGAGCCCGUGUUUGUUCAGAUCCAGCAGAUCCCUGACAGUGCAGAAAGGAACGACGACAAGCUUUACUUCUUUUUCCGUGAGAAGAGUUUAGACUCCAGCGGCGGGGCGAGCCCCACCGUUUUGGCCAGGGUGGGAAGAGUGUGUCUGAAUGAUGAAGGAGGGCAGAAGUCCCUGGUGAACCGGUGGACGACGUUCCUGAAGGCUCGUCUUAUCUGUUCAGUGAUAGGAGAAGAUGGAGUGGAGACCCGAUUUGAUGAACUACGGGAUGUGUUUAUUCAACCCACGCAGGAUGAACGAAACCCUAUGGUAUAUGCUCUCUUCACCACAGCAGGCUCUGUGUUCAAGGGCUCAGCAGUCUGCGUGUACUCAAUGGCUGAUAUCCGCAACGUCUUCAAUGGACCGUUUGCUCACAAACACGGCCAUAAUUACCAAUGGACGGAGUACACUGGCAAGAUUCCCUACCCUCGGCCUGGAACAUGUCCAGGAGGAACCUUCACCCCUGGGAUCCGCUCCUCCAAGAACUUUUCAGAUGAGGCUGUGGAUUUCAUCAGGUCCCAUCCCCUCAUGUUCCACCCGGUCUAUCCGAUCCACCGCCGCCCCCUGGUGGUGAGAACCGGCGUGGACUACCGCUAUACUGCCCUGGUAGUAGAUCAGGUGGAUGCUGUGGACGGACGCUACGAGGUGCUCUUCUUGGGGACAGAUCGAGGCACUGUGCAGAAAGUUAUUGUUUUGCCUAAAGACCCAGUCAGCAUGGAGGAGCUCACACUAGAGGAAGUGGAGGUUUUUCGGACCAGGGCUCCUGUCAAAACAAUGAAGAUAUCUUCUAAAAGACAACAGCUGUAUGUAUCAUCGGACGCCGGGCUGACCCAGGUGUCACUGCACCGCUGUGGUGUGUAUGGCAGGGCCUGCUCUGACUGCUGUCUGGCCCGGGACCCCUACUGCGCCUGGGAUGGAGAGAGCUGCUCUGCAUUCACCCCGUCCACCAAGAGGAGGAGCAGAAGACAGGAUGUUAAACAUGGUGACCCACUGAGGCAGUGCAGAGGCUUCAAUGCUAAAGUGGAGAAACGUCUGAGAGAAACAGUGCAGUUUGGGGUGGAGGGCAGCAGUACUUUCCUGGAGUGUCAGCCUCGCUCUCCUCAGGCCACCGUCAAGUGGCUCUUCCAGAGGGAAGGAAAGAGGAAAGUGCUCAACCGUGCGGGAGGUCUCUUGAAGACCAACCAUGGCAUCCUCCUGAAGUCCCUCAACCAAUCAGACGCAGGUCUCUACCACUGCCUCGCCACAGAGAACAACUUCAAACACACAGUGGCUCGCGUGGCACUGCGCAUCCUGGAUCGAGACAUCGUUUUAGCUCUCACCGCUCAAGAUGAGGACGAAGAGCCAAAAACUCGCCACGCGGGACCUUACCCUCAGUCAUCCCUCGUCUCCACACCUUUCCCACCUGAGAUUAGACUGAUUAACCAGUACUGCCAGUCCUACUGGGAACAGCUCAGUCCCAAACAGCAGCAGCAGCGCAAGCGCACCAGCCGCAGGCACACAGAGAGCCAGGACCAAGGCCUCGGCUAGAGGAUGGGACUGAACCUGUCCAACACUGGCCUGUCUGGACUUCAUGGUGGACUUUUAUGUUUGACGUGCAUGUCCUGGUGUUACCUCCAUUCAUUAGCAGGUGAUGCUGUCAUGCUGUCAUUAAAGAACUAUAUUGGUGGUUUUGCAAGUGUCGGCCUCAAUACAGAUUGUGUGUGUUUUACAUUACCGAUGACCACUUUUCAAAGAAUACUGUACGUUUCUUAUGUAUUAAUUCAGUUAGUAUGACAUUGAACUCAACUUACUGACUUAAUACUUUGAUCACACCACACAGGGAUUGUUUUCUAACUUUUUCUUGUUGGUACAUUCAGGUGCUUGUGGGAAACUCCAGCAUCACUGACUUGAGAAUCACUGUGGAACAGUUUUAGAGCAAGAAACAAACAAACUAAAAAAUCCCAUAUCCAUAUCCUAUCUUUUUCACAACAUCCAUGUUGCUUGUUAUUUGUCUGCUUGGUUGCUCCCACAACAUAGUGUAAAAGCAAAAGAAUUUCUGCAGCUGAUUGUUAAAUGUCAGAUGUUGGACGGUCCCUGAAAGCACCACCAAGGAAGCGUUUUCAAAACCAUGUUACUGUGACAAAAAAUAACAUUGCUCAUCGUGAUUGAUCACGUAUUUCAAGCAGGUUUGUUGUUGUUGUCUUGGAAAAUGUUUGACUGUGAUGUAAAGUAAAUGCAACGUGUAGUUUAACAGGCUACAACCUGCAAAACCACAGGUAUGGUCCUUUUAAGUAUCUUGAAACAAAAAUGUAAUAUAUUGAUUGUGAAUAUAAUAUAUAUGGUCAUUGGAUUUCUCUUGUAUUGUAUGAAGAUAAUAUGAUGAUAUAAAUGCAGAUGUUUGCAUGCGUAUCUGUCGUUGUUUGUUGCAAGUUGUACAUUUUACUGUUCCCUUUUCAACCUUGGUGUGUUACGAUGUUUGUAAGGUGUAAUGUAUUCUGUUAAGCUAAUUCCAUUGGAUGUUGUCAUGUAAUGACUCCCUUACUGUCCUGUGCUCUAGUGACCUACAGUAUGUGAGUGUUUUAAGAUAUGUAUAGCAUACAGUGUUCUUCCAGUUAUGCACUUUGUCGGUGGCGGUAUUAGAGGGAAUUGGGGAUCUUUGCACAGAUGUGUGAGAAAAUGAUACAAGAACAUAGUUUUCAUGUACAGUAUGUUAUUACAAAAAUGGGAAUGAAACUGGUUCAGUUUUAGUAUUGAUUUGGUGGUGUUCUGUAAUAAGCUGUAUUUACUUAUUUUUUAAAAUGGCUCUUUUUAACAGAAGCGUGAGGAACAAGAUAUUUUCCAGCCAGAGCCACCAUUCACCUUCCUUGUGAGUAACACAGUGCUAUGUGCUGUCAUGCCGAGCAAUUCUACACUGGAAAUGUUUGAACAGAUAUAUAAACAUUUCAGAAUUCUCUUAAA